CUGCUUUUCAUUAGGUCUCAAGAUAUGUUUGAACUAGGCGAUGACCUCCUACCCUCGCUUAACUCUAAUCUAGCUCCAGGCUAGUCUUUCCCUUAAUGCUAUUAGAUACCCGACGAAAUCUCAUCAAAAAUACUGUAGGUUCAAUACAAAGAUAAAAACAGUACAAAGUUUGGUCACUAGUAUAGGUCGAGCCAUGUCAACGAGUGAUCAUUACACGUUGUUUGCCCUUGACCUUGUCGAGUCAUUUGAAUCCCAGUGACUACAAAAUGUCACUAGAAUUAUAUACUAAAAGACUCAACGAAAUCGUUCGUCCAACAGGAAACGUCAAAGAACAACUUUUGUCAGCAAUCAAGGACAUCGAAGCCAAAAUAGAGCAUCUAAAAGAAAUAAUCUUUCUUUCAGAAAAUUGUGAGAUCUCUCAUGUUUGUCAUGCGUCUGAAGAUCUAAAAGUUCGUAUGGAAAAGUUGUUUGAGGGAAUAUCAAAAAAUCAAGAACAUAUGGUGGGCUUAAUUCCCAAAGUAUCCCCCUUGCACGAUGUAGCAUAUCCAGUAAUAGAAGAAUGUGAAGCCCUAACAAAGCAGUUGAGGAUCUUGGAAUUCGCUGAACACUUGUCAUUUCUUGAGUCUGGUGUAUUAUCUGCUAGAAUAAUUAAUGACAAGGACAUUCUAAUUGAGUCAAUUAAACAAUAUUUUUCCUUCCUUAAUACUCAGUUAUCGACUGAUCCAGACAUUUUGCCCUCUAUUUUGGAACAAUCUCAACAGCAUAAAACGUGUUUAGAUUCCUUGCUAUAUUUAAUGACGGAUUUUGAGUGCUUACUAAAGAAACUAAAUUUUCCUGUUAUUGUAUCUGAAGUUCUUGAGGAAGGAGGAUUACAAACGUGGUGUGAUGACGAUUUGCAGUUAUUUUCCAAUGACUUUCAAGCUCUUUCUACAUUCGAUAUUUCUCAUCUAAAUAUUUUAAUAUCGAAACCGUUACUAAUAGAUGUAUGCUUUCCAAUGCAUAUUAUUCUGGCUCCUAUGGAGAAGCGUUUUCGUUAUCACUUUUGUGGCUCUCAGAAGACAAACAGAAUCGAUAUGCCUGAAUGGUACAUGUCACAAGUUCUUCAGUGGAUCCGAACAAAUGAUUAUUUUGUUACAGUGGUCGAUCGUGAUUUUAUCUCUGAGAAAGACAAUACUCCUGUUAGCGUCCGAUUGCAGCUCAUGCGUGGUUUGGUCACAUUGCUAUUAGACAAACUACACUAUGACCUUGGUAUAUCUGCUUUUAUGCCAGUACGAUUUGGUUAUCAAUUUCAAAUGCGACGUUCUAACUCUGAAAUAUUAAGUUGUUUUAUGGACUCUGAUCCCGGUAAUAGUUCUAGUAGUGAAUUGCUAGAAAAUGCACAAAAUUUCAGCCACUUAAUUGAUGUCAUAUUACAGACGGAUGCGAAAUUAACUCAGCUAGCAUAUCCAAAUGAUUAUCCUAAACCGAGUGAUGUGCUUUCACAUCCCAAAGUUUUUUCACGUUGGCUUUUACUAGAACAGUGUUUAGCUUCUGACAGAUUAAAGCUUGUCCUCGGGAAUUUCUCAUCUUGGUCUGUUGUUGACGAAACUGAAAAGCGGCCCCAGUGUGUCGACGAUUUCAUUGCACUUCUCCAUGCUGUAGGUUUUAGAAGUCGACAACUAUCUGACAAAAUAUCACGGGCUAGAUUUGUCCAAAUUCAGUUGAAUUUAAUUCGUGAAUUUUUUAAUGAUAUCGUGUUGUCAGCACGUCGAAAAUUCGAAAAUGAUGACUCAAAUGACCUUGGUCAGUCAAAAAACAAAUCUGAAGUUAGCAAUGCUAAAACAACAGUGCUUGGAAGUUUGUUUUCAUCACGUAGUCGCUCGCCAAACGCUAGUUCAGAAACUAAGAAAAUUUCAAUCAUCAAUCAGCUAUUCAAUUGUUUUGUUGAUGGGAUUGGUCAGAAAUUAUCUUCUCGGUGGAUAAUUGUGUUGAACGCAAUCAAAUGUCUUCACGAUGUGAUGUUGGAAUGGGCCAAUGACCAAUAUUACGUAACAUUUUGGGAAGAUUUAAGCACUCGCGCGUUAUUACAGUUUGGAGAUCCUUGGCUAAUUGACAUUGGUCUUUGUCCUCUUGUUACCGAUGAAAUAGUAAAGGAGUCAGAACAGAAUGAACCUAAAAAUGAAACAUUUGACGAGUUGCAUUCUUCCAAUACUUACCUUGGUUUACAUGGUGGUGUUUUCAGUCAGAUGCUAAAAUUGUACAAUGGUGAAAUUAAAAAUAUGUUGAAAGAAACAGUCGAUUUAACAUUGACAGAUUUAAAAAGUAAAUCUUGGGUAUAUGUUUAUGCAUCUGAUCACUGGCUUCGAACUAGUUCUGUUUCCGGUUAUUUAAGUAGUAUGAAAAGUGAACUCUCCAACUUAAUGAUGUCAGCUAAUGCGUCAGUAUUCUUUCUUGCAUUACGUGACUGGUUGUAUCAGUUAUCAGAAUCAUUACAUCCAAAACUUUUCACACAUGUAUGGAAAGAAAUUGCAUCACAAUUAGAUGAUUAUUUGUAUAAUGAGCUCAUUCUAUCAAAUCGAUUUAGUCCUCUGGGUGCUGCACAACUUCGUUUUGAUCUUACUAACUACUUGUAUCCAAUGUUCAGUUUGUAUACUGAACGUCCUGAGUCAUAUUUCUUUCAAAUUCGUGAUGCAUGUGUUCUGCUAAAUUUAUUGCGUGGAACAGCCGAAUUAUUGAGAGAAACUAUCAUGGAAUCAAUGAAUAGCCAACAGAAGCGUGAUAACGAUCCACUUGGGCCUUUACUUGAAUUAGGUGUUUAUAGACUAACUCCGGAAGAAGCCCUUAGUAUUUUGUCCUUACGUGCCAUUCCAGAAUAAGAGAUUUUUUGUAUAUUCAGAAAUCUGACCUCCUAAAAUGUCUUUCUUUCGCCCUUCUAUGUUCUAGUUUGAAGUGCUUUACUUGUUCUCAGUGUGUAAAUAUAAUUUCCUGAAAAUAUCCAUAUAUAAUAAUUGGAUAACGUAACUUGAAGGUAAUGUACUUCCGUUUAUAUCUUGAUUUAACCUUGAAUAAGAAAUACGUGUGAAUUGUAAUUACUAUUUGGAACACUUUUGCUGUCUAUCCAUUUCCAAUCGCUUAUAAUGCGAUCUACAAUAAAAAACGUCUUAUCUCUGCUAUUUUUACUAAUUGUCUCCCCUCCUUGCUACGAAGCCUGAUUCUCAAGGGAACUAGAACAACAAUUUGAAGUAAAUAUCGUGAAUUCAUCUCAUUUUGUUGGGUUUGUUGACCAAUUUUAUUAAAAUUGGUCAGUCGGUCAUAGUAAACAGAAGUACAUGUGCAUCUACCUGAUGUCGAUCUAACUUUAUGCUACCUAAAGUAUAAACUUAAGCAUAUUACCCGUCUCGGGACAUAUGCCCCCAACCAGGUAUUUACACCACUAUCCUUUCUAGUUGUUAUCAAAUGGACUGUUUAAACGAUAGUGUUUAACUUAUAACCCUAACCUUAUAGCAGUGUUGUUCUUGCUUCGCCAUUUCAUACCUUCAUAUCUGCGUCAAACCCUCCUCGUGUGUCGAUGAUACUGCCCAGAUACGUAAAAGUUCCCACUUCUUUCACAGCUUCUCCAUCAAGAGUGAUUUGGUUGGUGCUCGCUGUUUUUACUUCAGGAUCUCACUUUUUCCUUUGUGAAUCUUGGAACCUAUUUCUGUCAAAGCUAAUUCUACACUGUGUAUCUUCAUUUGCAUUUGUUCCUAUGUAUACGAUAGAAGGGUUAAGUUAUCUACAGAUCCCUAAGUGUCCUCUGUAUUCCAUGCUUCUCCUGAGAUGUGGAGGCUUUUAUAAUUCAGUCAACAACCAAAAGAAAGAGAGAGUAAUAGGCCCCGAAUGCUCCAAGUUCCGUCAGUUGCACUGGUUUAUCCGCUUCUAUUUUUCAAGGAGUAUUACAUCGGUCACUUUUAAUUAAGUUUAACUGGAUAUUUUUAUUCUGGGUUAAGGUUGAACCAGAACCUACGUAACUUAACACAAAAGUGGAAUAAUUAUAACUUAAAAAUUGU